AUGAUGGUUUUAUUAGUAAAUCAUUCUCUAAUUCGUCCUCGAGAUAUAAUAAUGAGUGAUUCUGAUGCGCCACCUGAAAGACCAAAAUAUAGAGCGGGUCGUAAACCAACUGCUGUUAAAAUCUAUACUGUAAACCAUGAAUCUAGAUAUUUAGUUGUAGAGAAUGUACCAGCAUUGGGUUUAAGUAAAGAAUUAUUAGAGCUUUUUUCUCUUUAUGGAACCAUUGAAGAAUAUCGGUAUUUGGAUGAUUAUCCAUGUGAAAAAUUUACAGAUGUAUAUUGGAUAAAGUUUCAAUCACUUAAUGAGGCUAGAGUGGCAAAGAAAAAAGUUGAUGAUCACUCUUUCUUCAGCUCUUAUCUAAGAGUACGUUACGGACCUGAGUAUGAAUCUAUCGAGGAUACACGACAAAAAUUACAGGAUAGGCGCAAUGUUGUUGCUAUUAAGACUCGCGAACAUAAUGAAAAUAAAGGUGUAGAUUAUCAACAUAACCAGGAACCUCCAAUACCCGGUGUUGAUUACCAAUAUAACCAGGAACCUCCAAUACCCGGCAUCGAUUACGAAUCCACAAGUUUUGCUGCGACGUCAUAUCCAUUAAAGUUUACUCAACCCUAUGAUUCACAAACCUCCACAACCCUCUCGAUACGUCAAAGGUUAAAAGAAGUAUCAACAGUUUCGACCACUACAUUGCCUCAAAAUAAUGAGAGUAACACGCAAUUAAUAAGUUCAGAAAAAGUGUCAACUAUUUCGGAACCUAGGAAACGUCGAAGAAUUUAG